AUGGAGAUCGACAGCCUCAGAGAAGGAUUUGAUCGAGUUGCUGAGAAACGUUCAUUAUCUUCUGUUAAAGCUCUGGAAGCUGUUGAUCAAAUAGUGAAUGAAGUUGAGCAGGCUAUCGUGAAGCUGCAGAUGAUGAAUACAGACUCUACGGGAAAUGUUGACCACCCAUCCAUCCUUGCAGAACUGAAAGCUAAGCUGAAUGAAAUGGCACCACGAAACCAACUUGAAGGCAGCCAAAAGGAGCUCAAUGCUGCCCUGAGCAAAUAUCUCAAGCUCCUUGAGAAGUCUUUCAAUCCAGAUAUAUGUAAGGCAUACAGAAAUAUGGAUUUUGAGGUUCAUACAGUAAACAAUAUCAUAGCGAAUCAUUUCUACCGCCAAAGCCUGUUUGAUCUUGGUGACAUGUUUGUGCAUGAGUGUGGGGAAUUAGGUGGAGCUGCCAUUUCAGGCUUGAAGCCUUGA